AAGUAGCCACUGAGGGGAGCCGGCGCAGGACUGCCCUCCCACGUUGCUAUGACAAUGAGACUGGCGGGCACACAGCCUUCAGAGCUAAGUGCUGGCUAAAGCAGGUGUCAGGUUGCGAUGAGCUAGGUGGCUCCAGGAUUACUCAGAGCCAUAGGAGUCUCUGGAAAGUGGGGCUACUAUUCUACUGCAUCCCUCUUGGACAGCUUCUUAACUCCACCGGAACCCGCAGAGUGAAAAUGGUCCACCACUCAGGCUCGAUUCAGUCCUUUAAACAGCAAAAAGGUAUGAACAUAAGCAAAAGUGAGAUAACAACAGAAGCUUCAUUGAAACCAUCUAGGAGAUCCCUGCCUUGCCUGGCCCACAGCUAUGCUCAUUCAAAAAGCUUGAGCCAAUCUGCUUCACUGUUCCAGUCAACUGAGAGUGAAUCUCAGGCUCCAAAUUCUGUAACAUUUCUUUCUGCUGAGAAAUCUGAGCAUGUUAAUUCUGAGCAACUUAAAAACGACUCUACCCUCAAAUGUUCCUUUGCUGACUUCAGUGAGUUUUGCUUGGCUCUGGGAAAGGAUAAGGAUUACAUGGAUGAAUCUGAACAUGCCAACUAUGACCGAUCUCGUCUCCUUAAUGACUUUGUUAUCAAACAUAAGCCUGAAUCCAGAACAAAAUUAUCUAAGAAUGACAUGAAUUACAUAGCAUCCAGUGGACUAUUAUUUAAAGAUGGCAAAAAGCGAAUUGAUUACAUCCUGGUUUACCGGAAGACAAACAUACAAUAUGACAAACGAAACACAUUUGAAAAGAACCUGAGAGCAGAAGGCUUGAUGUUGGAGAAGGAGCCAGCUGUUGCAAACCCCGAUAUCAUGUUUAUCAAAAUUCAUAUUCCUUGGGACACACUGUGCAAGUAUGCAGAGAGAUUGAGCAUCAGAGUGCCUUUCAGGAAAAAAUGUUACUACACUGACCAGAAGAACAAAUCAAUGAGCAGACAGCGUGGCAGGGACCAGGCGACUGGCAGGGAAAACUACACUCUACAGAAAGAUAUAGGAGAAAUGGGAUCACAUCAACACUGUGGAGCUGAAAACAUGAUCUCAAGCACUGAACUGUUUUGUCUAGUUUCUGAAACUAGCAAAUUCAGAGUACAAAACUAUUUCAAAAGAAUCAAAAAGUGGAUGUCCCAAAACCCAAUGGUUCUAGACAAAUCAGCGUUCCCAGAGUUGGAGGAGUCAGAUUGCUACACCGGCCCCUUCAGCAGAGCCCGGAUUCACCACUUCAUAAUAAACAAUAAGGACACCUUCUUCAGCAAUGCUACUCGAAGCAGGAUAGUUUAUCACAUGCUGGAACGCACCAAAUAUGAAAAUGGAAUAUCAAAAGUGGGUAUCCGCAAACUUAUAAAUAAUGGUUCAUACAUAGCAGCGUUUCCACCACACGAGGGAGCCUAUAAGAGUAGCCUUCCCAUCAAAACCCAUGGACCUCAAAAUAACAGGCAUCUGUUGUAUGAGCGCUGGGCACGCUGGGGAAUGUGGUACAAGCAUCAGCCUCUGGACUUAAUCAGGCUAUACUUUGGUGAGAAGAUUGGUUUAUACUUUGCCUGGUUGGGAUGGUACACUGGAAUGCUGAUUCCUGCCGCUGUUGUUGGUCUGUGUGUUUUCUUCUAUGGAUUAGUGACAAUGAAUGAAAGUCAAGUAAGCCAAGAAAUUUGUAAAGCAACUGAAGUUUUCAUGUGCCCUCUGUGUGAUAAGAAUUGCUCAUUGCAGAGACUCAAUGACAGCUGCAUCUAUGCCAAGGUAACAUAUUUGUUUGAUAAUGGAGGGACAGUCUUCUUUGCUAUUUUUAUGGCAAUAUGGGCCACAGUCUUCCUUGAGUUUUGGAAAAGAAGAAGAAGUAUACUGACUUAUGCCUGGGACCUUAUUGAAUGGGAAGAAGAAGAGGAAACAGUUCGCCCCCAGUUUGAAGCAAAAUAUUACAGGAUGGAGGUGAUAAACCCCAUCACAGGAAAACCUGAGCCUCAUCAGCCUUCAUCCGACAAAGUCACACGUCUUCUUGUGUCUGUCUCGGGAAUCUUCUUCAUGAUCUCCUUGGUCAUCACAGCAGUGUUUGCAGUUGUAGUAUACCGUCUGGUUGUCAUGGAACAGUUUGCAUCAUUCAAGUGGAAUUUCAUCAAACAGCACUGGCAGUUUGCUACAUCGGGUGCUGCUGUCUGUAUCAAUUUCAUAAUUAUCAUGCUGCUGAAUCUUGCUUAUGAAAAAGUUGCAUACCUCCUCACUAACUUAGAAUAUCCUCGAACAGAAUCAGAAUGGGAAAACAGCUUUGCCUUGAAGAUGUUUCUUUUCCAAUUUGUCAAUCUGAACAGUUCUAUCUUCUAUAUUGCUUUCUUUUUGGGAAGAUUCGUAGGCCACCCAGGAAAAUACAAUAAACUUUUUGAGCGAUGGAGACUGGAGGAAUGCCAUCCUAGUGGCUGUCUGAUAGACCUCUGCCUCCAGAUGGGAGUCAUCAUGUUUUUGAAGCAAAUAUGGAACAACUUCAUGGAGCUGGGAUAUCCGUUAAUCCAAAACUGGUGGUCACGACAUAAAAUCAAGCGGGGAAUACAGGAUGCUUCCAUACCACAAUGGGAAAAUGACUGGAAUCUUCAGCCCAUGAACAUUCAUGGACUGAUGGACGAGUACUUAGAAAUGGUUUUGCAAUUUGGUUUUACCACCAUCUUUGUUGCUGCUUUUCCUCUGGCCCCUCUUUUGGCUUUGUUAAACAAUAUCAUAGAAAUCAGAUUGGAUGCAUAUAAAUUUGUGACCCAGUGGAGGAGGCCUCUGCCAGCCCGAGCAACUGACAUAGGUAUCUGGCUUGGAAUUCUGGAGGGAAUUGGCAUAUUGGCUGUUAUCACUAAUGCUUUCGUAAUCGCUAUUACAUCUGACUACAUCCCACGUUUUGUCUACGAAUACAAAUAUGGUCCUUGUGCAAAUCAUGUAAAGCAGAAUGAGAAUUGCCUUAAGGGAUAUGUCAACAACAGCUUAUCCUUCUUUAACCUGAGUGAGCUGGGUAUGGGAAAGUCCGGUUACUGCAGGUACAGAGACUAUAGAGGUCCACCGUGGAGUUCCAAACCCUAUGAGUUCACGUUACAGUACUGGCACAUUCUGGCUGCUCGAUUGGCCUUCAUUAUUGUGUUUGAGCACCUCGUUUUUGGGAUUAAGUCAUUCAUUGCAUACCUGAUUCCAGAUAUACCAAAGGGCCUCCGUGAGCGCAUACGGCGAGAGAAAUACUUAGUCCAAGAAAUGAUGUAUGAGGCUGAGCUGGAACAUUUACAGCAACAGCGGAGAAAAAGUGGUCAGCCUAUUCACCAUGAAUGGCCUUAGUCAGUACCUGUUACCCAAAAGGGGAGGUACCAUUAGUAAGAAGGAAUGUGACCCUUUAAAUGUGCAUGGGAUCCAAAAGGAAGGAAUAUUUGGCAAACUGUAUGUAUAAAAUGCUGCUUGGAAAUACAUCACAACAGCCUCUAUAAUUUGGAAUGCUCAGACUUCUAAAGAAAGAAAAGACUUGAGACCUCCAAGGGAUGCAACUGAAACAGCAGAGUCAGGCUCUGAUCUCAGAGCAAGUGGAGUUUCAUGUUUCGAACCCAGUUCCAUCAGCUGCAGGGAUAGUAGGAAAUGUGGUGGCGAUAUUUCCAGAGAUGGAUUUCCAUGUACAUGUUCACAAGCUAAUCAUAUUCUAGGACUUUCACUUGAGUUCAGAUAUUCACAGGAAAUAAGUUAAACCAGCUGUUGGCUCUGAUGUCAGAACUCCAUGUCCUUUCAGCUUACAGGCUAGUGGGGUUGUUUUUUCUCUCAUUGAGAUAAUGGGUGUAAGCACUAGGCAUUUAUUACGCUUCAUGAUGACUAUGUACUUCAACAGUUACACACAUAUUCAAACAAAAAAUCCAAGUUCUAAAGAGCACACCACUGGAAUAAUUCUGUUAUAUUGUCUGUGUUUAAAUUUGCUUAAUCAAUCAGAGCCAAGUGAACUGCCCAUUUUUUAUUAAUGAAUGCCAACAGAUCAACUUUAAAUAUUUGAAUGGCUAUUCUUGUGUCAUUUAGACAUGACUAAUUCUUUCUUUAUUGAAUAAGCCUAUCUUGUAUUCUAUUCUACAUGCCCCUCUCUGAAUUAUUACAAAUCUCACAGAACACUAUGUUGAAACAAUGUAAAUAUAUCAAUGUUCCUUUAUGUUUGCACUUUUACACUGUGUAAUCAAGUUCCAGCUUAUGGAGCUCUAAGACCAGUUACACAGGAUGCUACUAAAUGUGUUCAUUCAGGAAAUCCAAAGCCAAAUGUUCUGCAACACUUAUGCUUUUACUAGAAUGUGCACUAUUAAUUAUGAGCUAAUUAAAUAAUGCAUGCAUAUAGUGUAUUAUUCACAUAAAAUACCUUUCUGAAUUUCACAUUUUAAUCAAGGAAUGGAGAUUUCCGGGUUUUGUUUCACUUUGUUUUUUGAUGAGUUGAUUUUACUUAAUUUCAAAACUCUCUAGAAACAAAGUCAAACUAAUUGUGAAAAUCAUAAUUUCAUUUGUUGUAGAAUCCUUAUUUGAAUGUCAAGUUUGUCCACACAUUGAUGGAGCACAAAUGAAGGAAUAUUCAAUUAAAGGACAUUAAGAGGAGGUGUAAAUUAAGAGGGCAGAGUAGAAUGAAAGGCAAGAGGUGGAGUAAAUGAAUAUACAAUACAAAAAAAUUAAUACACUUUCCCAUGCAAAACAAGAUGGUCCAAGCUUUUAUUUUUUUCUUGAGAAUAAGGCUGAAAAUCACACAGCGAACACACACAUACACAUACAUACAGAAAGAGAACACAAUUUGUUCAGUUUGGUUUUGUUCAAUUAAGAAAAACAAAUAUUUACAAAAUUCAAAAUAAGGGAUUAGGUACACACAAAAGAGAUAUGUAGUAAACUCCUAUACAAAUCCUUGUUCCAGGGACUCUUCCACUAAGAAAUAUCAUGGCUAAUUCCACUAAUUUAUCCUAUAAAGAUUCCAGCUCCUCUUUUUUGGAUCAUUUGUGCUCCCUUUUCUUUAAUGAUUAAAUGUACACACAUACCUAAGCGUAAUAUUUUCUUUACCUAACAUUUACAUAUUUUUCAAAUUAGGGAUGCAAGACAGACUUGUGUCUUGUGGGCAGACAAACAAUAAUAGCUUUUUCCUUGUAAAUUCUUUUUCUAGGGUUUUCUAUAGUACAUUGGGGUUUAAGUCAUAUUGAUUGAUAUGAAGAGAAAAAGAUAUUUUAAUAAAUGGUGUACUAUAUUAAUUUAGAAAAUGCCUUCCAUGAUAUUUUUGAAACAGAUAUAAGAAAACAGAGAACCAAAAAAUUGUCUGAAAUGUUUGUUUUGUAAACAGUUGUAGGACAAUUGAACUUGGUUUUAUCUUAACUGACAGUAAAACAGAUAGCCCCUCACAGAAUGUUAAUUUUUAAUCACUAUACUUAAGUUGAGAGAAAUGUUUUAUACGUGUUUUUCAUAUGAAUAUAAAUUAUUUCUCAAAGAUUUAUAGCACACACUAUUCUCAGGAAUUCUGUAUGACGUGAAUGCUACUCAUAUAUUUUCAUAACUUCACUUGUUAUCUUUUUAUGCUAAUAAUUAAUGUAUAUGUGCAUGCACUCUACCUUGACAAGUUGUGUGAACCAUUUUAAGUCUUAACUAUAAUAGUUCCCAAUUGUAUGAGUCUGUGUAGGCACUUUUAGGUGAGACACUUCUGCCUGCCUGCAUGAUGAGAUUCAACUUGAACACUAAAUGAUUCUUGGCACAAUAUACUAUACAAUGGAAUGAAUAGAAAAAAAAAUUCACUCAAUAAACUAUCAUUUUUACUGUAA